AUGGGGCCAGCCACGCUUGCUUCCGUGAGUGCCGAGGUGGUUGACAAGGUUGAGGUGAAGACGGCUCUCGUCUCUGUCUUUGACAAGGCUGGCUUGGAGGACCUCGGAAAGUUCUUGGCAUCCAAGGGUGUGCACAUCCUCUCCACGGGUGGCACCGCUGCGAAGUUGCGUGACCUCGGAUGCACCGUCCAGGAUGUUGCGGACUACACCGGCUCCCCAGAGAUCUUGGACGGACGAGUGAAGACGCUCCACCCGAAGGUUCAUGGAGGCCUCCUAGCAGCCCGCGGCAACGCUGGGCAUGAGGCGGAGAUGGAGAAGCACGGCAUUCGCAAGAUUGACCUCGUGGUGGUCAACCUGUAUCCCUUUCAGGAGGCCGUCGCCAAAGGUGGAGACUUUGCCACGUGCAUUGAGAACAUCGAUAUCGGCGGCCCAGCGAUGAUCCGAGCUUCGGCGAAGAACAAUGCGGCGGUGACCAUCUUGACCAGCCCCAGCCAGUACGCCAAGUUCACACAGGAAGUCUCCGACAAUGCUGGCUGCACAACUUUUGCCUUCCGAAAGAACAUGGCCGCUGCUGCCUACGCCCUCACUUCGUCGUAUGACUCGGCCGUCAGCGCAUGGAUGGCUGGGGAGGUGACAGAGCCCCCGAAAAAGAAGACCAUCACUUUCGACUUGGCCAUGCCGCUGAAGUAUGGCUGCAACCCACAUCAGCUGCCAGCUGGGCUGUGCGCCGUUGCAGGCAGUAAGCUGCCCUUUGAGGUGCUGAACGGCACGCCAGGCUACAUCAACCUUCUCGACGCAAUCAACGCCUGGCAGCUGGUGCAUGAGCUUGCGCAGGCCACCGGGCUCCCGGCCGCCGCCUCAUUUAAGCACGUGAGCCCGGCCGGCGCUGCCAUCGGGCUUCCCCUCAGUGACGAGGAGAGGUUAGUCUACGAAGUCAAGGAUAAAGAGCUCACGGAUGUCUCAGCUGCCUACGUGCGCGCGAGGAACGCUGAUCCCAUGUGCUCCUUCGGUGACUUUGUUGCCAUCUCGCACGAGGUGGAUGUGGCCACAGCGAUGAUCCUGAAGAUCGAGGUCAGCGAUGGCAUCAUUGCGCCAUCCUUCAAGCCGGAGGCUUUGGAGACUUUGAAGGCCAAGAAGGGCGGCAAGUUUAUCGUCCUGCAGGCUGACGCCGGCUUCAAGUACAGCGACCUUGAGUACCGAAUGGUCGGGGGUGUUGGCUUCAUGCAGAAGCGCAACGAUGCUAUCUUCGACGCAUCCAAGCUGUCCGAGGCGGAGUGGGAUGUCAUAGCAGGCUGGUGCCGCGACAGUUAG